UAAGUUGCUGCGUCAGUAUAUCUGCGUUAGGAAGUCGUUAACUACUCGACUAUCAACUCGUAGGCUAACAUUGACAUUAAAGUCCAAUGAAUGUUUAAGUCUAGAUGUAGUUCCAAACAUGUGUCGUGCUGGUGUAGUCGUAGUCGUGGUCUACUUUUGUUUAACUGUUCUUACAUUGUGUCUGGCUAAAACAACAUCGUAUUGUCCAUUGAAUUCUACAAACAAAACAGAAUUUAGGGAACCGAUUAUUUUGACUAAUUCAAGUGGGAAAUUAGAGUUUUAUAUUCCUAAUCUUCAAGAUGGAAAAUUAAUUUUUAACCCACAAGAGAAAUUCAUCAUUUCCUGUCCUAAUCCACGAAAUUUUUUAAUUACAAGUAAUAGUAAUACUACGAUUGGACAAUGUACAAAUGGCCACCUUAAAGUUGCAGGGAAAACCUGCUCAUUCCAGGAGUUAUCAUGCAAUAAAUCAAUUCGUGGCGAUGUUUUUGUAAGGAAUAACAAAACUUGUGGUUAUAAUAACCACGGAACACCUAUUGACAUAGGAUAUUACGUUGAUGUAAGAUCACAAAAAAGACUUGAAUUCCUACCAUUGAUUCAAGUAUGUCAUAACCUCAAAAAAGGAAAUACUUACUACUCUGAACACAUCAUCCAUGGACGCCUAAUGAAACAUUUUUCUAGAAGUAGAUUUCGUCCUGGAUUCUCCACGCAAGGCCUCAACACUUCCGCUGCCGUCGCUUACAAACAAUCCUAUCAAAAAUCAAGUUUCAGUAGACAACUAGGUUCCUCCCUGCAAGCAGAUAAUUACAUCAACAACAAGUCAUUCUUAUCUCGAGGGCAUCUAGCUCCCGACGCUGAUUUUCUCUUCGCUCCCUGGCAAUUCGCAACGUAUUUCUACCUCAACGCCGUGCCGCAAUGGCAGAGUGUGAACGGCGGCAACUGGCAUAAAGUGGAGUCGAUGGUGCGGAAACUCGCAGGGCAGUUGGAGACUGACCUGAGGAUCAUCACAGGCACACAUGGAGUGCUUACCUUUCCAGGGGCGGAUCACACCGAUGUAGAAAUUUAUUUAUUACCAAACGAAGCACUUCCUGUACCUAAAUUUAUCUGGAAAUUGGUUUACUCACCAAAAACUAGAAGAGCGAUUGUUUUAAUUAGUUUAAACAAUCCUUUUGUGAAAGAUACAAGUGAAAUUGAUAAGAUUUGUGUGGAUAUUUGCAAACAAUACGGCUGGGCGCAAGAAAAUUGGGAGAAAUUUGAUCGGGGAGUUGUGUAUUGCUGUGAAUAUGAAACUUUUACGACUGUUGUGCAAACAGUGCCAGAAAUUGAUGUUAUAGGUGUUCUAGAAGGACCUAAAAAAACAUAAGAAUAUUUAAUUAUUUAAAAUAAAAUUUACGAAAGAAUUUAA